AAUACCAUGUCUAAAAUCCUCGGAAUCGACCUCGGCACGACCAACUCCUGCAUGUCCAUCAUGGAAGGCGGAGAACCCGUUGUAUUAGAAAACUCAGAAGGCGCACGCACCACUCCAUCCGUCGUUGCCUUUGCCAAAAACGGAGAACGCCUCGUCGGCCAAGCCGCCAAACGCCAAGCCGUCACCAACGCCACCAACACCAUCUUCUCCGCCAAAAGACUCAUCGGCCGCAAAUUCUCCGAACUCACCGAAGAAGACAAAAACCUCCCCUACACCAUCGUCGAAGCCUCCAACGGAGACGCCCAUAUCCAAAUCGAAGUCGAAGGAGAAAAGAAAACAUACUCCCCUCAAGAAAUCUCCGCCAUGAUCCUCGGCAAACUCAAAACCGAUGCCGAAGCCAAACUUGGAGAAACCAUCACCGAAGCCGUCAUCACCGUCCCCGCCUACUUCAACGACUCCCAACGAAACGCCACCAAAGCCGCAGGAGAAAUCGCCGGACUCAAAGUCCGACGCAUCAUCAACGAACCCACCGCCGCAUCCCUCGCCUACGGACUCGACAAAAAAGCAGACGAAAAAAUCGCCAUCUACGACCUCGGUGGCGGCACCUUUGACAUCUCCGUCCUCGAAAUCUCUGACGGCGUCUUCGAAGUCCUCGCUGCCGACGGCGACACCCAACUCGGCGGUGACGACUGGGACAACACCCUCAUCAAGCACAUCACCGAAGAAUUCAAAAAUGCCGAAGGCCUCGACCUCUCCGGCCAACCCGACGCCCUCCAACGCAUCAAAGAAGAAGCAGAAAAAGCAAAAAUCGCCCUCUCCUCCUCGACCAACUACGACAUCAACCUCCCCUUUAUCACCGCUGACGCCACCGGGCCCAAGCACAUUCAGCUCACCCUCAGCCGAGCCAAACUCGAACAACUCACCUCCCACCUCCUCGAACGCACCAAAAAACCCGUCAUCGACUGCCUCAAAGAAGCCGGCGUCUCCACCUCUGAGAUCACCGAACUUGUCCUCGUCGGCGGCAUGACCCGCAUGCCUAAAGUCGUCGAGAUCGCCAACGAACUCGCCGGCAAAGCCCCACACCAAGGUGUCAACCCGGACGAAGUCGUCGCCAUCGGUGCCGGCAUCCAAGGCGGCGUCCUCAUGGGUGACGUCAAAGACGUCCUCCUCCUCGACGUCUCCCCACUCUCCCUCUCCAUCGAGACCGAAGGCUCCCGUGCCACCGCCAUGAUCGAGCGUAACACCACCAUUCCCGUCAAACGCUCACAAAUUUUCUCUACCGCUGCCGACAACCAACCCGCCGUUGACAUCCGCAUCUGCCAAGGAGAGCGCCCCAUGUUUGCCGACAACAAACUCCUCGGCAACUUUCAGCUCUCCGGCAUCGAACCCGCCCCCCGUGGCAUGCCCCAAAUCGAAGUCACCUUCGACAUCGACGCAAACGGCAUCCUACACGUCUCCGCCCAAGACAAAAAAUCCGGCAAAGAACAAAAAAUCUCCAUCGAAGGAUCCUCCGGACUCUCCGACGAAGAAAUCGAAAAAGCAAAAACCGAAGCCGAAGCCCACGCCGAAGAAGACAAAAAACGAGCCGAAGCCACCGACAUCAAAAACAAAGCCGAAAACCUCGCCUACACCGUCAAAAAACAAAUCUCUGAACUCCCAGAAGAAGCACCCGCCGAACUCAAGGAACAACUCGAAGCAAAAGUCAAAGCCGUCCGUGAUGCAUUAACCGCUGACGACCUCGACACCAUCAAAUCCACCACCGAAGAACUCGAAAAAUCACUCAGUGAACUCGCCCAAGCUGCCCAAGCAGCAGGUGCCGGAGCCGGCGGCCCCAUGCCAGACAUGGGCGGCGCAGCCCCCCAACCAGAGCCUGAAGCAGAAUCUGGCGAACCCCGCCAAGCCAAAGGCAAAGUCUUCGACGCCGAAGUCGUCGAAGACGACAAAUAA